AUGUUGCAUCAUUACUCAUAUGCAAUGGUAUCGUUGGAGCUUUUUUCGCUUUUGCAGAAUUUUGCACUAUACUCUUUACCCUUUCCCUAUGCUUCAGUUGAUCGACUUCCUUGUGUUGAUGUUUUUUUUUGGGCUCUCCAAAUGUUGGGUCCGUUAAUUGUUGUAAAGGCUCGUGACACAUUAGGUCUCUUCAAGACUGGAGUCAGAGAAAGCAGAAUACUUUGUCUGGAUUUGACAGGUGAUUUCAUCUCAAUUGCUCCGUGCACGCUAUGUACACACAUCAAAAACGUUGUUAUUCUUCCGUCCUAUCAAUGAUAUGACGUAUUAAAGGUCUGCUCUACAGGAUGAAUGUGUCAGGCUAUUUAUUGGCUACAUCAAGGGAUUCUGUAGCGUCAUUGGAAUGCAUUUUCACGAAGACGAUUGUUUGCAUCGUUCAAGGAGCCACAGUCUGGAGUAGAAGGCUUAAUUUCAAAACCUGAAUUCACUUCAACGAUGCAUCGCUCGAGUUUCACUCCCGCGACGUUUACCAGAGCCUGAUUUAACUACGAAACUCAAGGUUCUAUCGGUCGAGGUGGAAAUGGUAGCAUGAAGGCUGCGUUUUUCCUUUUAGCUUUUUCUAGCGCCACGCCUCAUUGCAUCUCGGAUGCGAACCGUGAAGAAUUUAUCUGUGAAAAUGAAUAAAGUGGUUUCUUGCAUAAAAACACAUACAUACACCCACCCUCAAUUCAAGCUUAUCUCAGACAAUGACUUCUUAGCUGGCACUAGCGGAACAAUUGGUUGAUUCACGCAUCUUUGAGGUACUAUUAUUUCCAGAAAAGUGUCUUUUUGGUUGCCACAAUCGAUCCAACAGUGUUUCACAUUUCUUCUUACUAAAUAAAAAUAUUUAUCUAUGUGCAUGUGAAGCAUGGCUUUCAUGCUUUGGUAUGGUAGCAUUCGCUCUGAGCUGAGCAAUUAA